UUCAACUUAUUUGUCACUUAGCUUGUAUCCUUUUCUUUGAGGUCUCAUCACAUUAAAUUGUCCAAUUAGUGUGUUUGAAGAAAAAAAAUGGGUGAAAUAUCAGCAAUCUCUAAUGGUUUGAAUAAUGAAAAUGGUCAUGUAGUUGGAGGUCCAAGAAAGAGUUGUUGGUAUGAAGAAGAGAUUGAUAAUGACUUGAGAUGGUGUUUUGCUCUCAAUAGCAUUUUGCACACUGGUGCUACUCAAUAUCAAGACAUUCAACUCUUGGACACAAAGCCCUUUGGAAAGGCUUUAGUGAUCGACGGAAAGCUUCAAAGUGCAGAGAUAGAUGAAUUUAUCUACCAUGAAUGUCUUGUCCAUCCACCUCUCCUUCAUCAUUCCAAUCCUAGAAGCAUAUUCAUUAUGGGAGGAGGUGAAGGUUCUACAGCCAGAGAGUUAUUAAGGCACAAAACAGUCGAUAAAGUUGUAAUGUGUGACAUUGAUGAAGAGGUGGUGGAAUUUUGCAAGUCAUACUUGGAGGUUAACAAAGAAGCAUUUUCCGAUCCUAGACUUGACCUUAUUAUUAAUGAUGCCAGGGCUGAGCUAGAAAGGAGGGAGGAACAUUAUGAUAUAAUUGUAGGGGAUUUAGCUGAUCCUAUAGAAGGAGGACCAUGUUACCAACUUUAUACAAAAUCCUUUUAUGAAUUUAUUGUUAAACCUAGGCUUAAUCAAAAUGGCAUCUUUGUCACUCAGGCAGGACCAGCAGGAAUUUUCAGCCAUACAGAAGUCUUUUCUUGCAUUUUCAAUACUCUGAAACAAGUUUUCAAAUAUGUUGUGCCUUAUUCAGCUCAUAUUCCAUCCUAUGCUGACACAUGGGGAUGGGUCAUGGCAUCAGAUACUCCUUUUGUUGCAAGUGUGGAUGAAUUGGACCAAAGAAUCAAGCAAAGGAUCAAGGGAGAAAAUAGAUAUCUUGAUGGGAAAACAUUCACUUCAGCCUCUACAUUGAGCAAAGCUGUUAGAAAAUCAUUGAACAAUGAGACUCAUGUUUACACAGAAGGGAAUGCAAGAUUUAUUUAUGGACAUGGAAGACACAAUCAAGCAUGAGAUUAUGGAACAAAAAUUGAAAGGGGAGCUACAAGAUUAUUGUAGCACAUAAAAAAAAAAAACUUGGAAACUUUUCUAAUUUUUUUGUUUUUGUUUUUGUUUUGUUUUCUCCUUAUGGUUUUAACUCAAAAGUUAUCUAGGAUCUUAUGUUUCUUAUAUAUGUAUUUUUGUUGGAAGUGGUGGGGUGCUAUGUAGUUAGUCUUUCUUGUUGUUUUUGAAUUACUAUAUGGUUUAAUAUGGAAUAUUAUCUUUUAA